GCAGUUUCACCUGCAAUUGAGACAGACAUAAAUAUGGGUGACUUUCCUAACCCUCUGGUUAUGAUUGGUGUGGGGUCCAGCUUCGCCUUUUCUGGCCUCUUUUAUCAUUUGUACCAAGAAAAGAAGAAAGAGUUGAAAAAGCUGAAGGAGAUACCCAUUUUCAAGCCGGAUCAUCACUUGGUCAGAGUACUGAGAGCAUCUCCCCACAAGAGACUUCAGUAUGUUGCUGUAGAAGGUCUGGUCCAGGCAGAUGGGGAGCCUCUGGCCAGUCAGUUCGUCCCACGAUGCUUUGGUGUUGUUCAGAAGGUAGCAGCUGAGGAACACUGGAAAUACUGGAACUCCUUCACCAGGACGUGGAAAUCUCGGACGUUGAACAAGAAAGAAACCAAAAACGCUGUUCCCUUCAGCCUGGUCAGCCCUGGGGUCUACAUCUCUGACUUGUAUGUGAAGGUGCAGAACCCUCUGGAGGCCUCUGGGUCCUACAUGGACAGGAUUUACCACCGAGUGAGACGUGCUGAGGAGGGCUUGGUGAACGUGAUGCUGCAGGGCCUGAACGGGGAGAAACCUGUGGCGAUGGAGGAAAGCGAGGAGCUGUUGCGGGUUGGUAGCACCUUGACUGGGUUUGGGGAGGUGGUGCUGGAGGGAGGCCAGGUGAUGAGGCUCCAGGCCCCUCAGGAUGGCCGUGAGUACGUCCUGGUGCCCACUGACUACAGGAGCUUCAUAGACAGGCAUGAGAGGUCAGCAAGCAUGUGGAAGACGCUGACUGCAGUGACCGGCAUCACUGGAGCUUCUCUUCUAGCUGGAGUGAUUUACAACCUGGUGGGAAAAAAGGACGACAGAUCGCAGUAGACCUGAAGAGGUGGAUCCUGUCAUGCAGCCUUUUGGGUGUCUCGGUACUCCUUCAGGUGUUUUAUCUACAGGCUCCAUAUUGCAGUCUGGAUCCUAAGAGGAAUCAGUUGCAUGUCUCGACUGUUUCAAUGCUGACAGGUAUUUGUUAAGUUUCAAGAUGUCGCAAUGCCUUAAAUGACCACUUCAGAUUAACCACUUUGAUUAGCUAUCUUUUAAAGCAGUGGUUCUCAACCUUUCUGGUUUUAAGGACCCAAAUUGAUCGGGCUGUGGACCCAUAUAUGAUAGGAUGUAGUCUCUUGGAUCCACAUUGAUCAGAUUUAGUUAUUCCAUUACUGUCUAUACUGUAGACCGGCAGAUUAACAGUGAAAAGUAUAAAACCAAUUAACACCAUAGUCACUCUUAUACAUUCUCUCAUUGGGCUAAAUUCUAAUCAAUACGAUAAUAUUGAAAUUAAAACAUUCCUAAUUUUUUAG